UAGGAAGCAAACUGCUUAGCUGUAUUUCUAAGUUAUGUCUUGGGUUUUUAAAUGUGAUGAGUCAGCAGCGUUGCACUCAGCAAAUAAAACCCUAAUCCUGCUUUCUGGCACAGGUACCAGGAUUAUGCAUGACAAAAUAAAAACAUACACACGCCCUCACUGAACCUGGCUGUCCCCUGAGGCUGUCUCUCACCUGUGCCACAGUUGCAUGUUAUUAGAGAUAAGCAGUGUGUUUAUAUGGAAUAGCAAUAAAAUGCGUGGCAUGACGGGAAUUGACAUGGACAUGACGAUAGGAGCGGCACUUGAAGGUGUUGGAUGAGCCCUGUGGCCGCGGGGCAAGACGUGAGAGUAAUUAAUCAGAUGAAACUAAUUACACCUGUCUCUUUCUCCAAUUACUGCACCUUGAGGUGCGCGAGCUGUAUGUCCUGCAGAAAGAGGAACGCAUGUCCACUUAAUGAUUUCAAACUCUCUGUAUUUAAACUACCUAUACAGUUCAUCUUUAGACACGAUAAAGACAGGUCCAACGCUCCUGAGACUUGCCUCUGAUUUUUGUUUUGUGACGUACAAUCUCCGUUUGGUCGCAACACCAUGAAAACUAUCGCUGAACAGCUGUUCCGGACCCGCAUCAAACAUUUCUCGAGAAAAAGGCGAAAUGAUGUUGUGGAGGCCCAUCCGUCCAACAUUGAGACAGCAGCUGAGAUGGACAACAUCCAACAUUUGACCAGCCCUUCCUCUGGUGUGGAGGUUGUUAGCGACAGCGUUCACCAUGUGGAGACAAUGAUGGAGAGGGCCCACCAUGGUGGUGGAUGGCUCCUGUCUGGCAUCAUCUGCAUCAACAUCCUGAUCCUGGGCUGCGCUCUAGUCAGCGGCAGCGCCUUCAACAGCGUGGCCAUUACUGCUGUGCACAGGCAAAUCUUCCUCAUCAUUCUCCUCCUCCUCACGAUGCUGUGGAUGCUGUUUUACACAGUCUUCACCUCCAAAAAGGAUCAAGCAAUCUCGUUCAAAGACAGCCACGCAGGGCCUGUGUGGCUCCAAGCUGGACUUCUGCUGUUUGGGCUUCUCAGUCUCCUCAUGGACGUCUUCAAGAUAGCCACCUAUGUGGGCUACCUUCACUGUGAUUCUGCUGUUAAAGUCGCAUUUCCCGUUGUCCAAGCUGUAUUCCUGUUUGUCCAGACAUACUUCCUCUGGGUUCAUGCAAAGGACUGUGUGCAGCUACACACAAAUUUUACAAGGUGUGGGCUUACUGUGACGCUUUCAACUAACCUUGUGGUGUGGAUGGCUGCUGUGACCGAGGAAUCGAUUCACCAAACUGAGAUUCCUGGUCUAAAUGUCAGUGUCUCACACAAGAUGUACAGAGACAGCUAUGGUGGUAAAAAGUGUAAAUGCAGUCACUCAGCGUGCGACACCUUCAAAGAGGCCUUCUACUACCUGUACCCCUUCAACAUAGAGUACAGUCUCUUUGCUUCAGCUAUGGCCUACGUCAUGUGGAAAAAUGUUGGUCGGCUGGUGGACGAUCACAGUCACCACAGCAUUAAGUUCCGUCCAAAGGAUUUGUGUUUAGGACCCGUAAUGGGAAUGCUCCUGGUGGUGGCAGGCCUUGUAACAUUCAUAUUGUAUGAGGUGGAUGUACUGCAAGAGGACGGGAAGAAUAGAAACAGGGCCCUGCUGAUUCAUUUCAUCAUGAAUAUAGUGAUAGUGAGCCUGAUGUGUGUGUCCACUGUGAUCGGUUGCAUCAUCUACCGGCUGGACCACAGGGAGCACACAUUGAAGGAAAGCCCGUCUCACAGCCUGGAUGUGGGGCUGCUGGUGGGAGCCUCCAUGGGACAGUUUAUCAUCAGCUAUUUUACCAUCGUGGCCGUGGUGGCGACGGGAGCCAGAGGGUACCUGAACGCCCUGAACCUGUCCUGGGCCGUGCUGACGGUGCUCCAGCUCGGCCUGCAGAACUACUUCAUCAUCGAGGGCCUCCAUCGGGAGCCCUUCCACGUGAUGCAGGAAGCGGCUCUGCACACAAACGCUCACGCUCUCCAGGAACACUCAGACAUGGACAUUGUUGAGGAGAAAAGUAAAUCCAGCUACGCCCUGACAAGCCUUGAUAAGCCAAGUUGGAAGAGAAGAGUACUGAAGGAAGUCUGUGCCUUUCUUCUGUUUGCUAACGUUAUUCUGUGGAUCAUGCCCGCCUUCGGUGCUCGUCCCCAGUUCGAUCAUCACAUCGAGAUAAGGUUCUACAAUUUCGCAAUGUGGGCGGCCAUCGUGAAUAUUGGACUUCCUUUUGGAAUCUUCUACCGCAUGCACUCUGUUGCCAGCCUGUUUGAGGUGUACUUAAUUUCUUAGACUUAUUUUUGAGUAUGGAGAGAAACUUUGUAAUGGUCGAUUUUAUUUAUUAAUUCAUACAUGCUAGUCCUCUGGUCUAAGACAGUCCAAAAAUAUUAGUAAACAUGAACAACUCUGUCCUUUUUUUUUUUUUUUUUUUUUUUUAAACUGGAGAGCUAAAACUCAAAUGUGUGAUGUCAUAGGGUGUGAAGUCUGGAACUGCUCCAUAGACGAUAAAGGGAGAAAACUGCUUUAGGGGAGCUCCAGGGGAGUGUUGUGAGUAAAUGGGUACAUUUUCCGUUUCAGAAGUGAGAACACAACAGGAUAAUAAAGCUAAUUUGAGUGUAAAGAAGACAAUCAAAUAUUCUGUGGAUCCACAAAAUCAGUCUAGAGCAGCUCCAGAUUUUACACCCUAUGACAUCACAAGUUUGAGACACUCUGGUUUCUGGCUUUGGGAGAGAGUAGCUCAUGUUCACAAAUACUGAUUGAACUUUCAUAGGCCAUGAAAUUAACUUUGGAAUUCUUAAUUUAUGUGGUGUUCAUCUUUUAAAUGUUUAAAUUGAACUUGAUAUAAAUGAUAAAUUUUAACUUAAAAGAAAAAGGAAAUGCUGUGUAUUACUUUAAAUUCCCACGUAUUCAUUUUUAUCAAGUAAAUUGUGUGUUUAUUGAGGUGCUGAACACUGAAGGUAAUCUCAUAUACUUGUGUGCUUAUUUGGGAUCAUGAAAUUUUAUCGGUCAUCAAACUAAUUAGUCAAUUAAGUAAUGGAAAGUAAUUUUCUUUAAAUGGGGGGGCUGGAGCCAAUUCCAAUUGAUGUUGGGCGAGAUGCGGGGUACAUGUUGGACAGGUCGCCAGACUAUCACAGGGCUGACAUAUAGAGACAGGCAACCAUUCAUGGUCACAUUCACACCUAUGGGCAAUUGAGAGCCCCUAAUUGACCUAACCUGCAUGUUGCUGGACUGUUUGAGGAAGCUGGAGAAAAUGAAGAAAACCCACACUGACAUGGGGAGAAACUCCAAACGGAAGGGCCCCAGCAGGCCGGGAGGUUCAAAGCCGAAACCUAAUGGUGCAAACCAAUGCACCCUCUUGCAACCCCUCUGGAAUCCCAUAUUGAUGAUCAACCAUUACAAAAAUAAUAGUAUUUUUUUUUUUUUUUUUUUUUUAAAAAAAAGCACAUAAGCAAAUUGGAUGCUCACAAAAAUAAAAUAAAAAAAGGUAUUUGUAUACCACUGCAAUAAAGGUUUUAUGUUUUUAAUUGUGUCACUAUAACUGUGCUCCUUGCCUGCUGCACGGGGACAUAGUGCCAUCUAGUGGUCAUAGUGUAAGGGGCAGCUUUCUCUUUAAAUGACAUGAUACAUAGA